GUCAAAACUUUUCGCCGGCGAAAGGCAACUUACUUCGUUAUAUUUCCCAAUUUCCAAGAAGCAUGGCUAAAAAUAAAAGGAAAAGGAAACUUAAGGAACAGGACUUCCAGAAGGUGAAGUUUAAGGUUGGAAAGAAACUUAAACCUGCAGAGAAUGCCACAGACUCUUCAUUUAAAUCAAGAGGGAUCUUCGUUCCAGCUCAGCUUCAUACACUCGACAGUGCACCAACAAAUCAAAGGAACCAGACCAUGAAGGAUUUACUUGCCCAAGUGGGUCAUUACAGUGUGAACACAAGGCAGCAAGCACUAGGAGGUCUUAAGGAUCUGUUCCAACAUCAUGAGAAUCUCCUCCACGAAAAUCUUGGAAUUGUAAUCAAAAGAAUUUGCGAGAAAAUGACUGAUGGUGACCCAUCAGUCCGACAGUCACUUCUCCUGUUACUCUGUUUCAUAUUCCCACUAGUAUCACAAGAAAAGAUGGUACCAUUUGCUGCACUAGUGAUUGCUCAUUUAAGUUGUGCUAUGACGCACAUUUAUGAUGACAUACAACAUGAUUCACUUGGAUUUCUUGAGCUUUGUCUUCGUUAUUUUCCUAAUCUAAUGGUUGGAAGCUCUUCACAGCUGAUUCAAAACUUUGUGGGUAUGAUUUCACGUCAGAACAUUCCAGGUACAAAGCAGUCAAAAGGGCCACAACAUAAAGUUGGAAAAGGACUUGCUGUGAAUCCAAAGGGGAAACUUUCUUCUCUAAGGUCACGUCUCAAAAUUCUACAGCAAUUAUUGGCAUUGUUGAAAGCCCUGGAAUCUUCUUCCAAUUCCAAUCCAUUAUCAUCAGCAAACCUGGUUGAGUUACCAAGUAAAAAACCAACAAUUAAUUUUGACAAGAAAAAGCCAACUCGAAUCCAAGUUUUAGAACAUUCCGUUGAAGAACCAACUUUACACUCCUUCACUUUUGAUAGCGGCACAGCAACUACAGCAUUAAACACAGAAAGUAAAAACAAUAUUUUAACUGAUAGACAGAUGGUAAAGGAUUUCAUGGAAGUAAUUGUACCUUUAUUACUGGAAUGUUGGAUAGAGUGUAAUCCUGCUCAAAUGACAACUGCACUACCUAACAGUAUGGUAUCUUCCUCAUCUAUUGAUGUUAUGUUGGCUGUGACAGAAAUUCUUAAAAUUGUCUUCAAAGCAGCCCAGGAAAAACAGACAAACGCUAAAGUCUCUGAAAUACACAAACCUGGAGACGACUUACUGGAUGUUUAUUUCAAAGACAUCAAUCAGCAUUUGAUGAGUUUCUUUCCAUUUUCAGUCUUGGAUACACCAGUGGUGAAGAGAGGAAGGAGAAAGCUAGGAAAGGCUCCUCAGCAAGCUAUGGGUGAGAACUCCAAUGCCCCUGUGCAAACCCUAAACCUGAAAAUUUGUGAAAUCAUGAUGCUAUUUGUAAAGAAUGGCCCUGCUGUGCAGAAGAACUAUCGUACUGUAGUCUACAGGCUGGAAGAGUUUGUCAUUGAAUCACUAGAGUUAAAAGCAUCAGGGGGUGCUGCAGGCCAACAGUUUCAGACAGAACAAGUGGAGAGUCUGGUCACAUUUGCUCAUCAGAUUCUUGAAUAUCACUGCAGUUGUAUAAAAAUGGGUAUUGCAAGCAAACCAGGAGAACUUCUUCAUGCAGCAUUCAAUUUGUAUCGGUCAAGUCACAUUAAGUCUGGAACUAAAAGAGUGUUGAUCAAUUUUUUAGCAAGUCUUGUUUUCCAAGAGAACAUGGAUUUUUCAGAGCUUUUUGAGGUGCAGGAACUUGUUGAGAAAUGGCUGCUUGGAUUGCCUGGCCUGUUAGUGCAAUUGAAGGAGGCAACCCCUGGCCUGAUAGAACUUGUUUUAAGAGUCAUGAAAAAAGCAGUCGUGCAAGGUGUCCUACAAUCAGAUGACAAAGUCUUGUCUCAGCUGGCCAUGUUCUUCUCCAAGGACAAGGGUUCAUUUUCAAAACUGAGAGGAGGGAUUCAACGCUUGGCAGUGGAGCUAUUGUUUCACCUCCCAUCACUGGAUGAUCAGUUGUUGGCAAACGUUGUAUCAUGUUGUCAUGGAGAACAAGUUGAUGUGGCAGUAAUUCAAUACCUUCUCCAAGUCUUGCUUUACAGGUCUCCAAGUUAUGAAGGUGCUGUGUCACACCCUGCUGCAUUCACCUUUGAAGCAUACUUGAGUGCCCUUCUUCAUAUAGCAAUAGGAUAUUCCAAAUACCAACUCAGUGAUUACCAAGAUGUGAAUAACCAGGCUGAAACUUGUGAGGUCACUGAUUUCAUAGGCUGCCCUUUUUCUAUUUUACAUGAAAACAAAGGACAGGAGGUUGGUGAAGCUAACUUGUGGCAGAGCCAACAAAGGAAGUUGCAGGCAGUUUUCCAGUGUUUCAAACACUGUCCAUUCAGCACUUUGCUGCGGCUCGUGAGCCAAGAAUUGGAACAGCUUCUGCUUGAUUAUAAAGUUCUCCCCUUGAGUGCCGUACACGGUAUUUUGCGCGUAAUGAGAUGUGUGAUGCAAUUAGCUUCAGACGCCAGCUCUGCAGACGGAAAUUGCCCUUUUCCAACCUUUUUGUUGCUAUCUCUGACACAUUUGAUGCUGGUUUGUUUGAAGCACUGCACGAGGAGAUCUUUUUCAUGCAGUGAGCAGAAACCAAGGAGCGAGGAUUUGUUUGUCGAAGUUGUGGAGUUGUUAUGUGCAGUGCCGCAAAUGAUCCUGGAGAUAUUGUCGCAUCUGGUGGCAGUCCUUUCAGGUUUUACAUCAGAUGAUUCAGAGUGUGUAAUGGAGACCUGCGCUGUUAUACUCACCAAGCUGUUCAGCUGUAAAGUGCGAAAGAUUCUUCUUCAGUCACCUGACCGUGUACAUCUUUUGGUUCAGCGUGUCUUGAACAGAGACAAUUCAAGUACUCUCCGCAAACAGUGUUUUGCAGAUCUACAAUAUCAGUAUUCCUUAUUCAAAGCAGAGGCUGGCCAAACCAACGCUCUAUCGACCUGCACGGAUAUGUGAUAACAAAAUACAAUAACAGUAUUUGCAUUCUAUUUAUGUUGGAUUGACAGAGCAAUUUUCAAUUGACAUUCGCCUCUAAUCCGGAGUCAUAUUGGUUUUGGUAUGCUGCGCAUGCGUCCCCCCAACUAAUCAGCGGCAUAAAUAGAUCGAAUCGGACACACGCGUUUUCCCGCACCUAGGGCAAUUUUAUUUUACUUUGGAGUUUCAUUGGCUCUGUGUGGUAUUCUUCUUCGUUCUGAUUGGCUGUUGUAAUAUUACGUUGGUUUUGGUUUUUCGGCACUAGUCGGAAUGCUUUCUUAUCGGUGAUGUUGGACUGGUUUUCUUCACAUGUGGCACAGCAGAUUAAAGAGGUCGCUUAUCCAGUAUCUGUAGUUUGUUGUUGAUGAACCCCGGGACAAUCCUAGGACAAAGAAAAAUGUUCCUUAGUUAGAAGAUUCCCUUGAACAAAGGACACCGAUUAGAAAAGGUUACACAGAGGAGCCUUCACUCGAGGGACUCUCUUCGGGCCGAAGAAAGUGUGCCCUAACAGAGGUACCCCCUUCAUAAUAGGGAACACAUAGACAAGUUAAAUUACCAUUUUUUAUCCUAGAAUUGAGGUGUCCGCUUGUGUUUAGGUUCUCAGAAGAGAGAAUUCAUUGUAUUGGGUUGUUCGAAACAAGUUGUCCAUAGUUUGUCGAAUGUGAUACCUUAAUUUCCACGGCGUUCUUUGAGAUGGGAAAAAUCCUAUCCAAGCGAAGUAGCUUAUCGUUAGUUAUUAUGCGUGCAGGUGUAUUAAAAACGCGCUACGUUUCAAUAUCUUCAUGAUAUCACCUUCAAGUGAAGAUUGAAAACAACAGAAAGGUUGACAUAAGCUAGUAAGGUGUCAAAUAGUUUUGUACGGAAGAACAAACGACGAAUGGUGUAUUAUAAAGAAACAGUUGAUUGACUUGGUUGAUUGAACACCUAAGUUUGUGAGUAAAACAAAUUAUCCUGCUCG